AUGAAGUUCUCUCUUACCCUCGCUAUCAUGGCCUCCGCCGGCCUGGUCGGAGCCGUCUCCGAGUCCAAGUGCGCUCGCAUGUGUAUCGACAACAUGAACAACAAGGCUGAGGAGCUGGGCUGCACCUCUGGUGACCAGCGCUGCCUCUGCGACUCUGAGAACUACUCCUACGGUGUCCGCGACUGCACUGCUCAGGCUUGCCCUGAGGACGACUCUGCCAAGGUUGUCCAGAUCGCUCUCUCCACCUGCCCUUCUGACACCAAGUCUGGUGAACAGGCCAACGGUGGCUCCGGCUCCGGUUCUGACUCUAGCUCCGCCAGCGCUGGCUCUGGCUCUGGUUCUGGCUCUGCCACCACCUCCGGCUCCGACAGCGACUCCACCGGUUCCGCUACUGACGGCGCUGCUGGUGCUGGUGCUGCUUCCACUGGUGCCUCUGGCGACUCCUCCGCCACUGCUUCCGGCAACGAGGCCUCUGCCACUGGUUCCGACUCUGCUUCGGCCACUGGCUCUGGUGCUGCUGGCGCCUCGGCCACUGGCUCUGACGCCUCUGGUUCGGCUUCUGGCUCCGAUGCUGCUGGUGCCUCGUCCACCGGCUCUGCUGCCAGCAACUCUGCUUCUGCCACCUCGUCCGGUGCCGACUCUUCCUCCACUGGCUCUGCUUCCGGCUCCAACGCUUCUUCUACCCUGAGCACUGCCACCAGCACUGGAUCCGGUGCCUCUUCCUCUGAGACCGGCUCUUCUGACUCUGGCUCUGGCUCGGACUCUGGCUCUGGCUCCGAUGCCGCCUCCUCCAGUUCCUCUGCUGACGGCGCCGCGAACACUGAUAACGCUGCUCCCCGCGUGGUUCUCGGCUCCGGCGCCAUGGGUGUUGCCGGUCUCGCCGCCCUCUUCGCUCUCUAA